AAGGUGGAGAGAUUAGGUUGACUAAUGAUGAUACUACGCACAAAUAGCACGUGCUACGCUGUUUGCCAUUCAUUUUCUGCAUAAUCAUAAAGCAUAUCAAGUAGUCGUAUUCGCUUCAACAACCUUUAAAUACCCAACAUUUGGACCUCCUAAUGUAAAAAAAAAAACAAAAAAAAAGAUAUUAUGUAACAAACCAUGUAAAUUAGGCAGUCAGGUGCACUGUGAAUGAGAUUUUGAACACGUCCCUAAACCGUCAAUCAGUAACCGUUCACUACAGCACAGAUCUCCAUGUGUGGGCAUCAGAGUAACGUUACUCCAGAGCGAGGCCUACAGCAAGGCCCUGUCAUCGCCACUGUUGACUGAACUCUCCGUGCUGUUUAAUUGAAGCUUCCAAGGAUGUCUUUAAGUUCAGUGCAGUCCACUUUGUCCACUCUGAAGUCAUGCCAAGCGGAUAUAGGAGGCUGUAUGGACAUGGUAUCAGAUGUUGCGCUGGGAAUAGUUGAAGCCCAAGGUAUGGAUAACAGUCCGGCUCUGAAGAAGCUGGAGGAGAUGAUUCUGGAGUGUUCGAGACUGGACAGAGAAAUCAACUGUUUUGUUGAGGCUGUUGACGAGAUGACCGCACAGGCCAGACAUGAUCCUCCCGAGGCCAUGGUUCAUCUGAGAAAUUCUGUAAGGGAGAGAUUCACUGAGCUUAUGGCUGAAGUUACAGAUGCAGACCUGCAAAGGCACAGCAAGGUUAUUGCCUUCAGAGAAAGUGUGAAGAACUAUGCCAUGCAAGUGGGUCUAACUCCUGCUGGGAAUGAAGAAGAGGAGCUAGAUGAAGACAUUGCUGUAACACAGAGCCAGACAAACUUCAUCUGCCCUCUCACUCAGGUUGAGAUGGUCAAUCCAGUGAAAAACAAGAAAUGCCUUCAUUACUAUGACCGAGAGGCUGUACAUGAAAUGAUUAAGGCCAGGCACAAAAAUAAGAAGAAAUUUUGCUGUCCAAAGGUUGGCUGCGGAAACACGGACGUUCAGGUGUCAGAUCUCGAGUUGGACCUGGUUAUGAAGAGAAAGAUCCAGAACCAUAUGAGACAGAGCGGAAAAACUUAACUAAAUUAGUCCUGCGGAUGUUACAGUUGUUCUGUCUAUAAUGGGGAAAAUACUUUUGCCUGAAAGUUGAAAUCUAAAACAGGAGACAUUUGUAUUAAAAUUUGGUUCAUGUUAAUCUUUAUCGCAUUUAUAGUUAAUGUUUGUGGUACAAAUAUAAAUGCACUAUGCUCAUCAAAGCUGACUUUUUUUUUAAUAAACAUCUGCAACUUUCUUACGACCUCGUUGUCAAAACCUCAGAUUAACUAGGCAUUUUAUCUUGCAAUUUCUUCAGAGUAAGACUUUGUUCAUCUCUAGCAAUGACAAUAAAAGCUGCUUUUUUUCCAAACUCAA